UGGAAAACAGCCAUGUGACUGUCACGGCUAACCGAUGAUUGCCGCACGCGAGCUUACAUAAUGCCAUUCCCCCAAGUACACAGUAGGGGUACGUACCUUCUUGGCUCUUCUUAUCUCCACGUGCACAAACCCGUGACUCAAAAAAGUUCCCACUGGUACCGCCCGCCGCCGCCGGGCCUGCCGUGCGCCUGCCGGGCCUGGAAGGGGACCGCUAUCCCGUACCGCGUGUUGCGCGCCGCGACCGACCGACCGAACUUAACGAUUUCGGAGCCGGGUUCGUUCGUUGUUCAUCCAUCAGAUCCACAAGAUCACAAGAUGGCGACGACCUUCUUGCGGAACUUGUUUUCGCAGGCUGCGCAGCCGUCGCUGCUGCUACGGCGGCCGCUGAUGCCAUCGUCCUCUUCCAUUGUCCCUCAACUUCCUAUCGCUGCUGCUGCUCGGUUGUUCUCCAGCACUCCGGCGCAGAAUGCCACUCUUAACCAGGUCAUGAGGGGCUGCCGCAAACCCCAACGCGCCCGCCACGCCGUCUCCCCGGCCCUAUCGUCCAUCAAGUCGCCCGCGCUCAAGGGCGUGUGCGUCAAAGUCGGCAUCACGCGUCCCAAGAAGCCCAACUCGGGCGAGCGCAAGACGGCGCGUGUCCGCCUGUCCACGGGAAAAGUCAUCACGGCCUACAUCCCCGGCGAGGGCCACAACAUUUCGCAGCACAGUGUUGUGCUUGUCCGCGGAGGCAGAGCCCAGGAUUGUCCUGGUGUGAGGUAUCAUCUUGUUAGAGGUGCUUUGGAUUUGGCCGGUGUUGGUUCUCGUAUGUCUAGUCGCAGUAAAUACGGUACCAAGAAGCCCAAGAAGGCCUCUGUUGGUUAAGCAGCUAGCUAGCCACAAAGAGAGCAAAAUUGAGAUGAUACCCCCUGGUCACAGAGCAGUAGGAUGAUGAAUGAUGUGAGAUGAGUGUCGUGGGAAAGUGGUUAAGCUUCAUGCUCCCAGUUCAUUAUUCCGCAUUCUAGACUAUCAAGUGUCCGUGUACUAUAAGGAAAAUAAAAAGUGUACAACAGGA